CUUCAAUUUCCUUUAACCGCAACAAUUUCUUGCCAUAUCCUGUUCAAUUGCUACCAUCACAACCAUGAAAAUGGCUUGGACAACCAUCCUUUCAAGCAUCGGCAUCGGCCUGCUAUCAGGUCUCGCCUACCUCGCCAACACCGUCUACCAACACCGCUCAAAGAUCAAUCAGUUACGGAAACAAGGCAUUCCGAUGCCAAAAGAAUGGUCCUGGCUAACAGGCCACCUACUGGUGCUUCAAAAAUACGUCGACAAAAUCCCACCCGACGCUAACGUGAAUCUCGCCAUGGCGGAUCUUUGCAAGGAAUACGCCGACACCGAGGUCUUCCUCAUGGAUUUCUGGCCCGUGUAUCCCCCGCUGCUAAUGGUGUAUUCUCCCGACACCGCUGUGCAGAUCUCGACGAAGUAUAAUCUCCCCAAGACGAGUAUGCAUUUGAAGAUGAUGAAGCCGGUGGCUGGAGGCCCGAAUCUGAUUAGCAUGAGUGGCAAAGAGUGGAAGGUGUGGAGGAGCUUGUUUAAUCCUGGGUUUAGCGCAGGGAGUAUGAUGGAGAAUGUACCGCAUAUUGUUGAUUAUGUAAACGUGUUUUGUGAGAGGUUGAGGGAGAAGGUAGAGGGGAAGGAAAUGUUUUGCUUGGAUGAUUUAACCACUAGGUUGACGAUGGAUAUUAUUAUUAAAGUCACUCUAGAUGCAGAUCUCGACUACCAGCGCAAAGAAAAUCCACUCGCAACAGCCCUCGGCUACAUAACGCGAUGGCACUCUUUCUGGGACCCACGCAUCCUCAUGCAUCCCGCUCGCCCAUUCAUCCAAAAAUACAAUAGCCACGUGAUGAACACAUACAUCCGUAAAGAACUCGAUCAACGCUUCACCGAGCUCCGAGAAGAAAAAAUGACCACGGAGAAAUCAACCCCAACAGGUCGUGGAAAAUCCGUCAUCACCCUCGCGCUCGAAGCCUACAUCGCCUCAAACCAAGACCGCGACAUCUCCACAAUGACUAAACUCGACUCCCAUUUCGCACAAUACGCCACAUACCAAAUCCGCCUCUUUCUCUUUGCAGGCAACGACACCACUUCCUCCAGCAUCGUAUACACCUACCACAUGCUUUCGAAGCACCCCUCCGCCCUCGCCACUCUCCGCACUGAACACGACGCCAUCUUUGGAUCCAACCCAUCCGCUGCCUCCGCUCUCCUCAAACAAAACCCCGCGCUCUUAAACCAAUGUCCCUACACCCUCGCCGUAAUAAAAGAAACCCUCCGCCUCUUCUCUCCAGCCGCGACAAUGCGUUCCGGGCAGCCUGGCAUCGUCGUUACCGACCAGCUCAACAACUCGUACCCCAUGGACCACGUCGGUGCGACAAUCGUGCACCAAGCCGUGCACCUAAACCCUCGCAUUUGGCCUCGCGCAACGGAAUUCCUCCCAGAGCGGUUUCUCGUCUCACCCGACCACCCGCUCUAUCCCAAUCCUGCAGCCUAUCGGCCCUUCGAACAAGGACCGAGGAAUUGCAUCGGACAAACGCUUGUGUACAAUGAGAUGCGGAUUGUCUUAGUGCUUACGGCAAGGCUUUUUGAUAUCCGGCCUGUCUACGAUGAAUUUGAUGCGAGGAAUGCAGCGGAGGAAAGUUGGGUGAAGAGGGGAUUAAAGAGUGUAGGUGUGUUGAAGGAGCCGCUGAAGACGGUAAAUGGAGAGCGUGCAUAUCAGACUGAAAAGGCGGGGACACAUCCUGCCGAUGGCUAUCCGUGUCGGGUUGAGAUGGCGGAUUGGACGGGGGCAAGGGCUUGAGCGGGACGCCGAGAGGAUAGAAUAGUCAGUCUCGGAGCAAAAAAGUGCAGAGCAAAGUUCGGAGCCGAAGAAGAGGCGGAUGGCACGCGAAAUCCGAGUCCGAGUUAUUUGUGACGGGGUUCUAGGCACAGCUUUGGGUAUCCGACGUGCGGAAGUCCGGGUUCGUAUAGAUGCGCUGUCUCGGACGCGCGACCAGUACUUAUACAAU